AUGGAGACUCCCGUCACCACCCCUCUCGAACUCGCCAAGAAGAUUGACCACCAUUGGGUCGAGCACACCGUCGCAGCGCACAAGUACAGCACCCUCAAGUCGUCUGCGUUCGCCAGCAACCGCCAGGCCCAGAUUGCCGCUGCUGUAAAGGACUGCGAUUAUCAUGCUGAGAAAGGCCUCCAACGUCAGCUGGAACUCCUCGACGCCAUUGAAGACCAAGCAUGGCUGGAACUCCCUGGCGACAUUGACCGAGUUGUCCACCAUCAGUUUGCUUGCAACGAUGGCAUCUCGCUCACCGUCAAAUUCCGUCGCUCUGAUGUCCUCGAGAGUCUCAAGGCCCGUCAAGAUGCCGCCCGUCAAGAAGCCGCCAAACUGGCCAUGCAAUCGUCACGCAAGCGUCAAAGCAGCCCGACACCAUCCGAGUCUGAAAGUGUCCGAAGCUGCAUCGUCAUCCAGGAAGACGCAGAGACACCCGUUCCUGAGACGCCCGUCCCCGAGAGUCCCAUCAUCGCAGAGACACCCUCGCCAUCGCCCGAAGACGAUCCUGUCGCGACCAUCAACAUGCGCUGGCAAGAGUACCUCAGUGUGCGCCAGACCCUCGACGAGGCCAACAACGCCGCCUUCCAGACCGCGUCGCUCAAGGCCCAGGCAUCCGAAUACGCGAAGAGGCUCAAGGAGAUUGCCACCGAUGGUCUGAUCCAGCAGCAUUUUCUCGCUACCCAGCUUCGCAAUGUUGCCAAUCCUGCCAGAGAUGCCCUGGACGCCAUGAAGCUGAGAUUCUCCGGCUCCGAUUUGCCAGAGUUUGAGGCUGAAAUUGCUCGGUUCGGUCAUGUUGACCCUCCUUCUGUGUCCCGACCUAAGGCUGUCGCGAAGGCUGUUGCGACAUCAAAGCCCAAGGUCAAGAAGCUCAAGCCUCGCCCAGCGAAUCAGUCCAGCAUCAAGUCGUUCUUCGCCACCAAGGCUACACCAUCCCAAGUCGUGCCCACUCCCCCGCCAACCACCAAGCGAGCAGGCAAGACGACCGUGAUUGAGCCUUCGCCCGCCCCUCGUCGAUCGACUCGUCUCAGCAAUCAGACAACCAAGACCGUCGUUCAGGAUGCCGUUGCUGGCAGUUCCGAUGAGUGGACGCCCCAGCCAUCAGACGAUGACGAGUCCGAGGAUAACGACUCCGAGGAUAACGACUCCGAGGAUGACGACUCUCAGGAUGACGACUUGGGCCUGACACUCCAGCUUGAGAUUGAACCUGAAUCCGACAGUGACGGAGAAGAUCAGGCAGCUCCCGAGCCUACUGUCGACGAGGAUGGUCGCCCGUUCCCUUAUCCAGUGGAAGGAGGAUGGCAACGAGUCAAGCGUGUUCGUCAUUUGGGCCAUGAGCCUGAUGUGAGAUCCAUCAGCCGACAACAGAUGGCGGCAGAUUGGUCCCGGAGAAUCGGUACUUUGUUCAUCAAAAUGGACUCGAAACUUCCAAAUCACCGCACGUCCACCAGACCAGAGGCCAAAAAGCGCAUCAUAGAUGCUCUUGUACCAUCACUCAUUCCGGCACACGAUGACAAUGUCAAGUUGAGAUGUGACUAUAGCGGCAUCGAGCUCCGAUUCACGCCUGGCCCAGCGGUGUGGUCGUUGGAGGGGGUCUAUCCCUUCGUUCUACGCGACAAUGAAGUGAUGUAUCAUGAGGUUCCCAACAUGGCAUUGGUCGCCAACUGUCUCAAUCUGGCCAAGCAACGUCUCCCUUGCACGGCACUUCCUCUCGCCAGUCAGUGGUUCGACGUUGUCGAUGCCCCAGACAUUCCCUUCCCGGCUCGCAAAGGAAUGAUGGACUGGUUAUACAAUUCGAUGUGCAACACUUCGACCAUGUAUACCGUGCUCGGCUUGGUUGACCACAUAGAGACAAAAGGGGCUAGAUGGGAGGCCUUGUCUUUAGAAGAAAAGACACAACUACUCAACAUCCUACGAACGGGAUCAAGGAAUGCAGCCUUCGAUAGGCUUUUAGCUGAGGCUCAGGAGUCCGACGACACUCGAUACAAGCCCUUCCAGGUCCUAUCCCCAAAGGAGGCCAAAGCGAUACUGGCGCCACCAAUGGUCAACUGGAAUGCUGUCUAUCGCAAAAUGCAAGAGAUGGCCAUCAACCAAGGACUGUCCGCGGAAGAAUUUGACUACUACUGCAGCAUCCCAUCACGCGGCAGGCGAACCAAGAGAGUGUGGUAUCCCUUCUACAUUCUUUCCAGGCCACAAGCCAUCGCCUCUGGUUGGAAUUGGGACACUGUGUAUCGAUUCAUCAACCAGAGGCUUGACAGAAUGCGAAACCGUUGCAAUAAAGCCGCGGAAAAACUUGGUCUCGGGGAGCCGCAUGUCGACUGGGAAAGGUUUCUCUAUCGCAUAGCCAAGGGAUACGUCCAACUUGUCUUGGAUGUUAAGGCAAAGCGUCCUGAUGCCGGUAUGGAAGAGGUGGCCUUCUUCAUGUUGGAUAGAAUGGGCCUGCCAACCGUCCCAUUCAUGAAACAUAUGAUGGGCGUUUCCAUCUGCCAACGCGUGGACCACGGCCUAGCUAUGAUGACUGGGAUAACGGACACUGACGAAGAUUUUGAUCCUCGCAUCCAUAUCAACCUCGAGGACUCGAACAUCACGGUGGACUCUUUUUGGACGAACUAUUUCAUGCUCGAUUUCCCCAUGCAUAUGGUGCCCAUGCUGCGUGAAAUUCACCGCCGCGUGCCUCUCCAUCACACAUACUGGAGAGUUGACCCGUCGAUGGGUAACACCAUCUGGGGUGGGGUACAAGAUGAUACCAUUGAGCCCAUACCACCUGUCCCUGCAUUCGACAUGCAUCUUCAGCCCAUCGACCUGUGGACAAAUGGAGACAACGCCCCCAUCGACAGUCACGAUUGCGCUCACUGCGAAGAUGUCUUCUCAAGCGUCGGUCUCCUCCUAUCUCACUGUCAGCAAGUUCACGACCACCGGGAAUGGAGUCCGCUGCCGGGGGACGGAAAUCCGGACCAGGCUGAAAUUGAUGAUGCCUACUGGGAUAAGCGACGAACAUGCCCAUUCUGUGCUAAAAAAUUGGGCAAGACUCAAGGUCUUAAAGGGCAUAUCCGCCAAUUGCACAAGGACAAGAAGAUAUGGGAGAAUCAUGCCACCCGUGGUUAUAUGUACCGUUGGUCGAUGUAA